AUGUCGGCUGAUGACAAUCAUAUCUCUCCGCAGUCUCUUAUUGCUUUCAACUAUCUAUUUAUUGUAAUCUAUCUAUCUAUCUAUCUAUCUAUCUAUCUAUCUAUCUAUAUCUCAUCUAUCUAUCUACCUAUCUUUCUAAAUUUAUUGUUGUUUACAUCUAUCUAUUAUCUAUCUAUCUAUCUAUCUAAAAAGUCUGUCCACAAAUCUAAAUAUCUUUCUAUCUAUUUAUUGUUGUUUACAUCUAUCUAUCUAUCUUCUAUCUAUCUACAACAGUCUAAUCUAUCUAUCUAUCUAUCUAUCUAUCUAUCUAUCACAGUCUGUCCACAUCUAUCUAUCUACCUAUCUUUCUAUCUAUUUAUUAUUUGUUCAUCUAUCUAUCUAUCUAUCUAUCUCUAUCUAUCUAUCUAUCUAUCACAGUCUGUCCACAUCUAUCCUACCUAUCUUUCAAUUUAUUUAUUGUUGUUUACAUCUAUCUAUCUAUCUAUCUAUCUAUCUAUCUAUAUAUCUAUCUAUCUAUCAUCUAUCACAGUAAAUGUAUCACAUCUAUCUAUCUACCUAUAUUUCUAUCUAUUUAUUGACCCCAUUUACAUCUAUCUAUCUAUUAUCUAUCUAUCUAUCUAUCUAAAUCUAUCACAGUCUUCUGUCCACAUCAUCUAUCUAAUCUUUCUAUUUAUUUAUUGUUGUUUACAUCUAUCUAUCUAUCUAUCUAUCUAUCUAUCUAUCUAUCUAUCUAUCUAUCUAUCACAGUCUGUCCACAUCUAUCUAUCUACCUAUCUUUCUAUCUAUUUAUUGUUGUUUACAUCUAUCUAUCUAUCUAUCUAUCUAUCUAUCUAUCUAUCUAUCUAUCUAUCACAGUCUGUCCACAUCUAUCUAUCUACCUAUCUUUCUAUCUAUUUAUUGUUGUUUACAUCUAUCUAUCUAUCUAUCUAUCUAUCUAUCUAUCACAGUCUGUCCACAUCUAUCUAUCUACCUAUCUUUCUAUCUAUUUAUUGUUGUUUACAUCUAUCUAUCUAUCUAUCUAUCUAUCUAUCUAUCUAUCUAUCUAUCACAGUCUGUCCACAUCUAUCUAUCUACCUAUCUUUCUAUCUAUUUAAUGUUUACAUCUAUCUAUCUAUCUAUCUAUCUAUCUAUCUAUCUAUUAUCUAUCUAUCACAGUCUGUUUUAAAUUUAUUGUUGUUUACAUCUAUCUAUCUAUCUAUGUAUCUAUCUAUCUAUCUAUCUAUCUAUCUAUCUAUUAUCUAUCUAUCUAUCACAGUCUGUCCACAUCUAUCUAUCUACCUAUCUUUCUAUCUAUUUAUUGUUGUUUACAUCUAUCUAUCUAUCUAUCUAUCUAUCUAUCUAUCUAUCUAUCUAUCUAGCAGUACUUAUGCGUUUCAACCAAAUCUAUAG